CCAGGAGCCUGGAUUGAGGGUGCACAAGGAAUAAGAUUACUGGAAAUUGAGGGGGGGCGGGGAGGGCGGCAGAAAUUAAACAUUCAGAUAGAAGGCAUUUGGUAACAUCCGGUAACGUCGGUGGGGACUGAAGGCAAAGAAUGUGAGGAGAUGAAAAUGAGGAGUCUGAGAGCCCCUUCUCCAUCUCCAAAACUCCUGCGGGACCCACGUGUCAGAGUAUCUCUAUCCCCACAGGAGGUGGCCCGGGCGCCGCCUCGGAACCCCCCGUUGCCUGGGCACUCAGGCAUGGCAGUGCUAUGGUCUGGGACCAUGGAGCGGCAGUGGGUGCCCCUUCUGCUGCUCCUGGUGCCCUGGCUUCCGGGGCUGCACCCCUGCCUGCUCUGCUUUGGGCCCCCCGUUCAGUGGGCCCGGCUCUGCCGUGAGAUUGCCAGGAGCUCUCAGAAGGACUCCCAGCACCAGCACUGCCUGGAGGCCCUCGCAGAGGCUGCUGUGCCACUUGCCCCCGUCACCGUGGGGUCAGGGCAGAGUGAAGCGCUGCGGAAGAUCAUCAUGGAUGCCUUGCAUUUACUGGAGAAGCAGAAGGACAAGAAGCCUCUUGCGGUGUCUCUGCGGGAAGCCAUCCAAAUAAUUUGGGUGAAGCUGAGCCAGCUGGAGCAAGCUCCUGCCUGCAUCCCCCCCUGCGGGCACCAGCCGGCCGCCCGCGUCUUCCAGUGUGCAACCUGCCGCCUCGUCGACUGCCAGUUCCCUGUAGACUGCCCAGUUCAGGACGUGUGGGUCCACGAGGACGAAGCCAUCACGCUGCACUGCGACGUGCCCUUCGCUGUGCCUCCCGAGCUGCAGGUUACGUGGAUGUUUGCCAAGGACAUACGCACGCAGGACCUGGCGCUGUUUGAGGAGCUGCAGAGGGGCGUUGGGGAGCCCCCCAGCCUGACCGUGCAGGACCCCACUCUGGGAACCAUUGCCUGUCGCCUGGGGGCCGCCUCUGAGACCCUGGCCCGCAAGUACUUCUACCUCAAUGGGCCUCCUGGCAACGCUGCCGGAAAUCUCCGCAGCCUCCCAGACCCCAGUGACUCCCAGGCACCCCACAGACCUGGACACCAGGGCCCCAAAGGAAGCGUGGAUCACCGUGGACUUACGCCAGGAUCUUUCCCCGAGGACCAAAACAUUUGCAGUUGCUCAUCUUGCAUUGUCCAUGGGAUGUAACUGGGACUCGUGGGUCCUUCCCCUAACCCUUCGCCUGUAUGGAAUGGGGGAGAAUUUGCCUUUGCGUUUGUUACCAAUUAUAAUCAUAUGUCUUACCU